AAGACAGAUUAGCUGUGUCCCGACCUACUAAACAAAACCUCCUUUGCUACUCUGAAGCAUGUCACAAAGAUUAAUUCUGGAGCUUUCCAAUUUUCUUGCCGCACCACUAGGGAUUGUGAAGAAAGGACCAAUAGUAGAUGGACGCAUUACAUAGAACGAAUUAAUCAGAGUUUGCCUGCUUUGGAAAAGAAACCCACCUUCCACUCUACAAAUCUUACUAAGAAGCCAGAUUAGUGGAAUUUAGAUUAGUAAGAAGCCAGAUUAAUUCUAUUCUGGCUUCUUACUAAUCCAGUCUUACCAAGACACUCAAACAGUGUCGGAGACGCGAGAGGUAUUCUUGCGCUCUGAUUCUCCUUCGUCUUCCUUUUUUCUCUUUCAAUAUACAUGUCAAACCCUACGUGACUGAUUAUACCAUAUCUGAAGAUAUCGUGUAAACCAAAGCAGAAAGCAUUUUUAAAACAUUCCUCAGAGAAUUCGUCUUCUUUCCGAUAAAUUUGGCACUUGUUUUUCAGACAUUUUUUCUUCAGAGUUGAGAAUUGUCAGAAAGGGAAUGAAAAGAAAAGAAAAUUCGUGACUGUGCUUAAAUGCAAACAUCAUAUCGCGUUUUCUCUCGCUUUCUCCAUCCCGCUAAACACUCGUCCACUUUUAGUCGCAGCUCUCGUUUCCCUGUCAUUGGCAACUUUCUCUUCAAUGACACUAGUUAUCUCUCUCAAUUGCUGCUAUUAACCAGCAAGAAUAACUACAAUUUGGAGCCUAGUUUCACGCAGCAGAUUUCUAGCUCUCAGCUAGGUUCCUAUCUGCAGUUUCGGAGUUUCGUCUCGCGCGGUUGCCCGGAAUUGGUGUCUUCGCAUAGUGAUCACUGCCGUAAUCAUCAGUACUCGUUUCAUCGCAGUUUUUUCACAAGGUCUAAACAAAUUAAGAGGAUUGAAAUCAAUGAUCAACACAGUCAACGGGCAGUCACUACUGCAUUGUGGUGCAACUUUCUUGUAUUUUCUCUAAAGUUUGGUGUUUGGUUAUCAACCUCUAGCCAUGUUAUGUUGGCUGAAGUUGUUCACUCAGUUGCAGAUUUCGCUAAUCAGGCACUUCUUGCUUAUGGUCUCAGUAGCUCAAGGCGUGCACCAGAUGCUCUUCAUCCUUAUGGGUACUCAAAAGAGAGAUUUGUGUGGUCCUUGAUAUCUGCUGUUGGCAUCUUUUGUCUUGGUUCUGGGGCUACAAUUGUUCAUGGAGUGCAGAAUUUGUGGACUUCACAGCCUCCGCCAAAUAUUCAGUAUGCAGCUCUGGUGAUAGGUGGUUCCUUUAUAAUUGAAGGUGCUUCCCUUAUAGUUGCAAUACAAGCUGUCAAAAAAGGUGCAGCUGCAGAGGGAAUGAAAGUGAGAGACUAUGUCUGGCGAGGACAUGAUCCCACCUCGGUUGCUGUCAUGACAGAGGUGUCUACUGUGUCAUUUGUCUUUUCUUGCUGGAAUUUCAUGUCAAGUGUUAUAAUGACGGCAGCAUCAUUGGUUGCAGUGAAUACCACGGGGAAUGCAAUUUAUGAUCCUAUAGGUUCAAUUAUAGUUGGAAACCUACUUGGAAUGGUGGCUAUUUUUCUCAUACAGCGCAAUCGACAUGCCUUGAUUGGGAGAGCAAUGGAUGACCAUGAUAUGCAGAAAGUUCUUUAUUUUUUAAAGAAUGACCCGGUUGUAGAUGCUCUAUAUGAUUGCAAAAGUGAGGUGAUUGGACCCGGAUCCUUUAGAUUUAAAGCCGAGAUAGAUUUCAAUGGAGUUGUGGUAGUGCAAAAUUACCUGAGCAGGACUGGACGUCAGGAGUGGGCUAGACAGUUUCGUGAGGCUGCCAAGGAGGAAGAUGAUUCUGCAUUGCUCAAGAUCAUGUCAAACUAUGGCGAGGAAGUAGUUACCGCUUUAGGAAGUGAAGUUGACCGGCUUGAAAAAGAGAUUCAAGAGCUUGUUCCUGGUAUCCAGCAUGUAGAUAUUGAGGCCCACAAUCCCGUUGACAUUUCUUAAUGAUUUUCAAUUUUCAUACAUGAAUACAGUUUAACUGGGUUUUUUUCAAGUAUAUUUGAAGGCCCCAAGGGCUGCUUGAGUCAAAUUGAGUCCUUUCUCUAGCUGAAAGGUGUUGAUAUUGAGGCUCUGUAAAGAAACAGUUGAAGGGAUAUAACUUCUGUGUCCUGAAGAGGAGACUUAAAACCGUAAUGUCUAGGGUUUGAUGAAUUUAAGAGUGAGCUUUUCUGUUUCAGGGUUAUUAACACCAUUUGUGAGUAAUAAUUCUUCUAUUGUGGAUGAUUUUCCUUUGUGUGUGUGUUAGUUGACAGCUUAAUUUAGUCAUUGUCAUUUGGUUUUGGUAUUUCA